AUGGUCGGUAUUCGACUCCCCCUUUCUAUCGGAACGGGACCCAGCUCCCCCCGGACCAUCACAUCCGAAAUGAUCUCUCCACCACUGAGCCCAGACUUCAACUUCGACUCAGAUGCCCUGACAGCAUCAGCCCUACCUGCGCUCGAAUACAUUUCUCACAAACUGCAACAAAAAUCACUACACGUCACUAUGCUCGUCGGCCGAGGCCAGCCUAUGCCAACGGGCCACGCUGCCGACCUGGUCGUCAUCCCAGUGACCGAACUCGAUCUCCCAUCAUGGAAAAUUUUCUAUCGAAUUGUCGAAAAGGGCGCCCGAAAGUUUUCGCUCGGACAGAGCUGGAUGGACGCCCUCAGCCAACACAUUGCCAUGCGCAUGAAGAACGAGUACCUAGUCGAACAAUCCCUGCGCCAAAACGAGAUCCUUUUCAGCCAGGAAGGCUUGACUGUACUCAACGUCGACCGCAUCUACACUCUCAAGCGCCGUCUUUGUGUGCUUGCUGCUACCCCACCGGAGAUCAGCAAGAAGAACCCUGCCCACGAAAAAAAAUACAUCUCAUCAUGUGUAUCUCUUCUCCACAAGACCGUCACCAACUGCCAGGGCCGCCCAUUCAGCCCGGCUUUCUUCCACAGAGUCUAUGAGAACCUCCGUGUGACCGAUGACUUGCUUCACAAAGUGGCCAUCGCAUACAAGGCACGGUUCGACCAGGAAGGAAUCGUCAUGCCCGAAGCCCCCAAGCCCAAGCCCUCUCCUUCUUCUGCUUCUUCCUUCUCCACAGCACCCCCCAUUCGACGAGAACCUGCUGCUCGCACAACACCGGCUACGCGCGUGGGGCCUCGCGCAGUUCGCCGUCCCGCUAUGAAUCCAUCUCGAGUAAUGCAUUCUCGCGCACCAUCGCGCGCAGGCACACCCAGACGCGGACCAAAGACGCCCGUGUCUGCUUCAGACGUGACCCCGAUCACACGAAAUGAAUGGAACAUUCUUAUGGGACCGGACUUUUACCAGAACAAGCCCACCAUCACCAUGUGGGUGCCGAGUCCGGCUACAGUGCCUGUCUUUGGUUGA